UCUACAAAUUUCAAGUAAGACUGUAUACUAACUAAAUGAACAAGUGGAACGAUGCCUAUGAGCAUGUGUUUCCAUGCGGAAGGUAUUUUCCGAAACGCAUCGACUUUGCUUCGCUGUUGCUAUGACGACUCAUUGAAACUUCUGACAUUUUUUGCGGUCUGCAGAACAACAGGACUAGAGCAGCAAUACAAGAAUUUAAAGUACUACACUGCAAGUAAUAGAUAAUAGAAAAUGGAAUCUUUAAGUGCUGCACCCACUAUCAAUACAGUAUUGGAGUGCACAUUGAAAGAUGAUUUACAAGCUUUAAAGUUACUGUUUGAAGAUCCUUCUGAACCUGAAAAAGUGACACAUCUGCUCCUAAAAAAGGAUUUCAUGGGAAGAAAUGUCUUGUUUCCAGCUUGCAUUCUGGGUCGCUGUGAAGUAGUUAAAGAACUGAUUAAAUAUGGUGCAAGUGUUAAUUCUCUAACAUCUAGAGAAAUCGAGACUCAUCAGACCAGGCAACAUUUUUCCAGUCUUCAACUGUCCAAUUUUGGCUAUUCACCAUUGCAUUGUGCUGCCGCUUGGGGCCAGCUGGACAUGUUGAAAACCCUAGUAGAGAUGGGAGCUGAUAUAAAAGCUUGCAACUUCUGUAAUGAGAAGGCAUAUGAAAUAGCAAUACGAUACAAUAAAACUGAAUGUGCAGAUUUCCUGGCCUGGGCUGAAGCUAAACUGGAAUUGAAAAUAUAUAUCAGCUUUGUCCACCAGUCCAUCACAGACCUAGAAAAAUUGCAAGGGAAACUCAACAAGGAAUACAAGAAUCAGACUAUGGCUGCUUGUAAAUCCAAGAAUGAGUGGUUAGAGCAUACAAAGAACCCAACAACUCAUGAUUUUGUGGAACAAAAGCUGCAAUUAGAAGCCAUUAUGCAAACAAUUUUCAGCAAACUAAAAACUAGUUCUGACAGUGGAAAAUCCACCAGUAAAUCGUAACAGGUGACUUAUUGACAGUUUAUCAAAUAUGCCAUGAACAGAAUAAGUCCUUUCAACAAAAAUAAAAUUUGAAAUCACUGAAAUAGCCCUGUAUAAAGUUUUACAUAUAUACUGUAAUUAAUUCCACAGCAAUAUUAAAUCUGAAAUGUAUAGUUAUGAAUUGGAAGUUUUAUCUAAUAUGUACAUUUACACUGGAAUAGCAUGGUGUGAGACCAUUUUCCAUUAAACACAACACUUUCAUGUUUUCA